AUGGUUGCGUCAGCUGUCCGGAUGCGCACCCCGAGCGCCAUGUUCAUGUCCAGAGGUGCCGCCGCUAUGCGCCGGCCCCAGGUCUCCUACAAGUUCCAGGAGGUCAUCCAGAACCAAUUGCCUAGCAUCUCCGCUCUUUCCCGCUACUAUGCUUCCAAGUCCUUCCCUCCCCACACACUCAUCAGCAUGCCCGCCCUUUCGCCGACAAUGACCGCGGGAAACAUCGGUGUUUGGCAGAAGAAAGCCGGAGACGGCCUCCAGCCCGGUGAUGUUUUGGUGGAGAUUGAGACUGAUAAGGCCCAGAUGGACUUCGAGUUCCAGGAUGAGGGUGUCCUCGCCAAGGUUCUGAAGGAGUCUGGUGAGAAGGAUGUCGCUGUUGGCGCUCCCAUUGCCGUCCUUGUUGAGGAGGGUGCUGAUGUCUCUGCCUUCGAGUCCUUCACUCUGGCCGAUGCCGGUGGUGACAAGCCUGCCCCUGCUGAGACAAAGGAGGAGCCCAAGAGCGAGUCUGCCGCCCCCGCCCCCGCCCCGGAGCAGCCCGCUGCGCAGGAGCCCGAGACUUCGGGUGAGAAGCUCCAGCCCGCUCUUGAGCGUGAGGCCAACAUCAGCCCUGCUGCCAAGGCCCUCGCCCUUGAGAAGGGUGUCCCCAUCAAGGGCCUCAAGGGUACUGGCCGUGGUGGUGUCAUCACCAAGGAGGAUAUCGAGAAGUACAAGCCCGCCGCUUCCGCCGCCGCCGGUCCCGCCUACGAGGACAUCCCCAUCACCUCCAUGCGCAAGACCAUCGCCAACCGUCUGAAGCAGUCCAUGGCCGAGAACCCCCACUACUUCGUCUCCACCACCCUGUCGGUCACCAAGCUCAUGAAGCUCCGCCAGGCUCUGAACGCCUCCUCCGAGGGCAAGUUCAAGCUCUCCGUCAACGAUUUCCUCGUCAAGGCCUGCGCCGUUGCCCUGCAGAAGGUUCCCCAGGUCAACUCCAGCUGGCAAGAGGUUGACGGCCAGACCGUCAUCCGCCAGCACAAGACCGCUGAUAUCAGUGUCGCUGUUGCCACUCCCGUUGGUCUGAUCACCCCCGUUGUCAAGAACGUCUCCGGUCUCGGUCUCUCCAGCAUCUCCAACCAGAUCAAGGACCUUGGCAAGCGUGCCCGCGACAACAAGCUCAAGCCCGAGGAGUACCAGGGUGGCACCUUCACCAUCAGCAACAUGGGCAUGAACCCCGCCGUUGAGCGCUUCACUGCUGUCAUCAACCCCCCGCAGGCCGGUAUUCUGGCUGUUGGCACCACCCGCAAGGUUGCUAUCCCUGUCGAGACUGAGGAGGGCACCGUCACCGAGUGGGAUGACCAGAUCAUCGUCACCGGUAGCUUCGACCACAAGGUGGUUGACGGCGCCGUCGGUGGUGAAUGGAUUAAGGAGCUGAAGAAGGUCGUCGAGAACCCCCUGGAGCUUCUGCUGUAA